AUGAAGAUGCAGUUCGUUGCCGUCCACCAGAAGCUAGAUCAGAUUGAGGCCAGCUCAAGUCGCAGAGGAGGUGAUGACGAAGAGUCCGAGGAGACCACCGAUGGAUUGGAGAAUCUGAUCUCACGCACGCCGUCCGUCCACCACCCCGACUCUCCACCUCGCCUCCCUCUGCAACAACCGCUUCCUCGCGUUACGAACCACAUCAAAGUUCCCACUGAUAUUGUUUGGUCACUGGUGAGGAGGUUUGAUCAGCCACAGAAGUAUAAGCCAUUUGUUAGCAGGUGUACAGUUUUGGGUGAUCUUGAAAUUGGGAGUGUUAGAGAGGUAGAUGUGAAGUCAGGACUUCCUGCUACAACCAGCACUGAAAUGUUGGAACUUCUUGAUGACGAGGAGCAUAUCCUUGGGAUCAGGAUUGUUGGUGGUGAUCACAGACUCAAGGUACUCUUAAUUUGCACUCAAAAGAAUACGGUUUUUAAUUGCCUUGAUGAUGUGAGUCGAAUUUGUUUGCUUGCUACUUACAAGUGAUAUGAAUAAUAGUGG